AUGGGAUUUGAAGAAGGAGUUGUUGUGGAGCCNAACGGUUUGGAAGUUCAAACAAUAGAAGAGGAUAAAAUUCACAUUGUUUGUAGAUGUUCCGAUGGUGGUUGCGUUCCCUUCCAGCUCACGUGUGACGGCGUGGCUCAUUGCGCGGACGCUUCAGACGAAGAAGCUGGUUAUUGCGGACAUAGAACGUGUCCGUUGGGCUGGCAUCAGUGUUUGAAUAAGCGCUGUAUCUUUAACAAUGUCACGUGUAAUGGCGAAGAUGACUGUGGUGAUAAUAGCGACGAGAAAAACUGCUCAUGCAAGGACGAUGACCAUUUCAAGUGUGGCAGUGGCGAAUGUAUUAUGAAGAAAUUCAUGUGCGAUCGAGAUCCAGACUGCAAGGAUCUCAGUGACGAAAUUGGAUGCCCUUCCGUGAAUUGUGUUCAAGAAAUGAAAGAUACAAAGAUGAUAAACUGUGAAAAGACGAUGGUUUGUAUACACAAAGAUUGGAUAUGUGAUGGCGAAAACGAUUGCUGGGACAAUUCCGACGAACGUAAUUGCACCAAUGUUACGUGUCAGUGGAACGAGUUUAGAUGCCUCGAUGGGCGAUGUCUGCCCUACGGGGUAAAAUGUAAUGGUAUCGAUGACUGCAAGGAUGGAAAAGGAGUGAACGCCAGUUCUGAUGAAGCUGAAUGUGAUACUAAUUACUGUGAAAAACAUCAAUUUCUGUGUGAAACAGGAGUAUGCAUUCCAUCAAAUUUAAGGUGUAAUGGAAUAUCAGAUUGUACCGAUAACUCAGAUGAAACAGGUUGUCAGUAUCAAUGUCGCGCCGAUCAGUUCCGCUGCAAGAAUGGCGAUUGUAUUCCUGUAUUAUGGCAGUGUGAUACUCAACCAGACUGCCCAGAUUUGUCAGAUGAGAGCGAUCAUUGUCGAGAUCGUGCCUGCGGUUUGUGGGAAUUUCGGUGCAACAGCACCGGCCGUUGCAUACCAAAAGGAUGGGUAUGCGACGGCGAGGCUGAUUGUCAGGACCGUGCAGACGAGGGCGAAGCCGGCGGUUGUGCUCCAACCACAUGUCUACCCAAUCAGUUCCAGUGCGCAGACAAGAUGUGCAUAAACCGAUUGUAUUAUUGCGAUGGUGAUCUGGAUUGUGUGGAUGGAUCGGAUGAGGAGCCUCAUGCGUGUCGUAAGAACAGCCAGUGCACCCCCAAACAGUAUCGAUGUGUUAACGGAAAUUGCAUAACUCGAUCUCAAAUGUGCGACGGGCACGACGACUGUGGUGACAACUCGGAUGAGACGACUGACGAAUGUCGCAAAGAGCUUUGCGAUAAAGCGUCUGGACGAUUCCAGUGUAAAAACGGAGUCUGCAUUAAUGAGACGAUGCUCUGUAAUGGCGAGAAUGACUGUGGCGAUUUUAGUGACGAAAACAAGUGCAAUAUUAAUGAAUGUAUCGCAGCACCUCGACCGUGUGCCCAGAAUUGUACUGAUGAGAAAGUAGGUUACACAUGCUCAUGUAAGGAAGGUUACAAAAUCAGCCCAAAAGACAACCACCUUUGUGAUGACGUGGACGAGUGCGCCAAUCGACCCUGUAGCCAGACAUGCCACAACACGCUAGGUUCAUAUGUGUGUAGAUGCGUUGAUGGCUACAUUAUGAAAACCGACAUGCAUUCUUGUCGCGCUAACUCAACUGUACCUGCCAAACUAAUGUUAGCAAACAGGUACUAUAUACGCGAAUUGACCCUUGACGGCCACUCAACUCUUGUUGCUCACAAUUUAACAAAUGCUGUAGCUCUCGAUUUUGACCUAAUGAGUGAAUGCAUUUUCUGGUCAGACGUGACCGCUGCUGGUAGUUCCAUAAAACGACUUUGCAAAGACACACCAAACGCUACUGCAGAAAUCCUGCAUCAGAAUACAUUGCAAAAUCCUGACGGGCUUGCUGUUGACUGGAUAGGACGGAAUUUGUAUUGGUGUGAUAAG